AUGCUGUCGUGCCGCCUCCAGUGCGCCCUGGCCCUGCUCUCCAUCGCCCUGGCCCUCGGCACCGUCUCGGCCGCCCCCUCGGACCCGCGGCUCCGGCAGUUCCUGCAGAAGUCCCUGGCUGCCGCCGCCGGGAAGCAGGAACUGGCCAAGUACUUUUUGGCAGAACUGCUCUCAGAGCCAAGCCAGACAGAAAAUGAAGCCCUGGAGUCUGAGGACUUGUCCCGAGGGGCUGAGCAGGAUGAAGUGAGACUGGAGCUGGAGCGCUCGGCUAACUCAAACCCUGCUCUGGCACCCCGGGAACGCAAAGCGGGCUGCAAGAACUUCUUCUGGAAAACUUUCACAUCCUGUUAGCUUUUGAAACCCACCUCUCCUCCCCAUCCAUCCCUGCCUUCUUCCUAGCCCCCCGCCCUGAG